AUGCCUACGACAACGGCGCCGGCGCCACCACCUCGCGCGGCCGCGCGGCCGGUAUUCUUCCCCGGCCGUAUCCCGAGCCACCACGCGCCUCCUCCCCUGCCGCUCCGCCGCCAUGCCGGGACGGCGUACUGGGCCUUGCCGGACGCCGAGGACCAGCGGCGACCCGUCCAGGCUCCCCCACCGUCGCCCUUGGACGCCGUGGAGGCGGGUCUGGGCAGCGACCCGGCCGAGGUUCUCCCACCGCCACCCCCGCAUCUCCCGGGGGGCGCCCCUUACGACAGGGCGCAGACAGCCAGCGGAUCCGCGUACGGGACCUCCGGCGAGGCAACGGGCUACCAGGCCGCGGGGGCCACGGAGGACGGCGCCGCCGCCGUCGAGAUGGCCGAUCCCAUGUGGGAUGUUGUCACCUUGGAUUGCUUAGACGGCGAUGCUUGGACCGCACUUAUUGAAGAGACGGAGAGGAUUGCUGAGAGCGACAUAUUAAAAAUACGGAAAGUGUAUGAUGCAUUCCGUGCGGAGUUCCCUCUGUGCUUUGGCUAUUGGAAGAAAUAUGCAGAUCAUGAAGGCCGUCUAGAUGGUGUCAAUAAAGUUUUUGAGGUGUAUGAACGGGCAGUUCUUGCAGUUACUUAUUCAGUGGACAUAUGGUGUAAUUAUUGUCAGUUUGCGAUCUCAACAUACAAUGACCCAGAUGUCAUCAGAAGACUGUUUAAUCGGGGUUUGGCAUAUGUUGGAACAGAUUAUGGUUCCAAUACUUUGUGGGAUGAGUACAUCAAGAAUGAAGAAUCACUUCAAGCAUGGAGUCAUCUAGCUGUGGUAUACACAAGAAUACUAGAGCACCCUAUAAAACAGCUUGAUCGGUACUUUAAUUGUGUGCAGGCAUCCCAAAAUUUCGCUCCAGAUGACUCAUUUAUUCCACUGAAAAACACUCGCUCUAAACAACAUCACCAUGAAAUUAUUUGAUCUGGCAAGUGUUGUGUGUUGUGUCGGCUCUGAUUCAGUUGCAAUUGAGUUUGUGUUGUUAUCGCGGAAGAAUAUUGUUCUCACUUAUGGUGACUAGAGUAGUGAAAUUAUGAUCAAUGACUAGCAAUUUAUGCUAACUGACUGCUUACUUUGGGGAGUGUGGAUGACUGUCAUUUUCUAUGUGCUUACUCUAUGUAAUCACUAUAGAGUUUUUUGCUUUCAACCAGUGCAAGGCUAUGUGGAGAAAGUAUGUAGAAAUUCAAAUGGAAUUCCUGACACUAUGUAAGUUUGGUUUCGCAAGUAAUUGAAGAAAUGCUCCAAGAAUAAGGCCACCAUCAAUAUAUUUGUUCUUUUA